AUGGCGCCCGCUGUCUCUACCCUCAAAAAACAAAGCCAUCCCUUCUUCACUCGCGGUCCAUUUGACAUCACCAGUCCCAAAACACCUGUCAUCUCCAACGGGUCAACCUAUGGUCAGCUCCCCGCCGACUCCGGUGUCGCGUUCAACGAUCCUGCAACAGGCCAGGAAAUCAACUUGAAGGUCCUCCUUCUCGGUUAUGGUUCCGCUUCCAUGACUCUAACUCGGGACAAUACUUAUAUGUUGUCUGGCCGCCUCAUAUGCCCCAAUUUGAAGACUCCACCUGUCUUAUAUUACGAACAAGAUCUCACUUUUCCUAUGGGUCCGAGUGAAUCACUCCCAGUAUCUCUAUGCAACAAAACUGCUGUUUGGGGUUACGGUAUCGUUAUUAGCAAGCAAGAACGAGACGAUUCCGCCUUAGGACAGAACACUUUUCGCAGCUUGUUCGUUGUCAUGAGACACACGGACUAUGACAAUCAAUCCAAAGACCAGGUUUCCUUCAAUGUCCUAUACAAAAUACCGGGUAAUCGAAACCUUGCCAAGACCUUCGGCCUAUUCCAAAUCGGUCGUGAAAUGUUACUGUCAGGAAUUCUCAGCGGUUACGAUAAGAAUGAAAAAAUGUUUCGAGUUCAGGCUCUUUCCGUUUCUCUUUCAUCAGGCCCUGACCCAACAAAUCUCUUAGGACCCGGUUCAGACACCCCGUUGGUCAACCCACGCAAGCGUUAUCAAAUCACCUUCGAUAGUGAUGAUGAAGAGGGGUCCGAGAGCCAGUUACCUACUAACUCCACUACUGAGUCCAACACCGUUUCCGAUGUGACUGAGAAUCCAACUUCCGUUCCCGGUCGUCUGGAUGCAGUCUUGGCCCCAAAGAAACGAUACAAUAGAAAAACAAAACCAGACCCUGUCACCGCAAAUACGCCCGGCAACAGUGCUUGA